AUGCAUUGGAAAGGACUGCGUCUUGUGGCCGAUGGCAAGAGGCAGAGCACCAUAGAGCCUCAAGGCCAAUCCCGUCGCAGUGAACACCUUCCUCGUCCCUACGCCCCCGCCGAACCUAGACUAUCUGAGUCAAUUCCUCGCUCAUCCGGAUUGCCAGAAGGAGUACAUACAGGACUUCAGCCACCGGACGACAACGAAUCAAACCAUGCGGGGGCUCAGCCGGACUUCGCAGGACCAUCCUCGGUCGACCGUCCCAGCUUACGCCACAAGCGAUUCAGCUUUAUGAGACUACGACAUGCGUCGGACCCCCAAUUAUCCAAGUCCUACACCAAGGCAGGCCAGGAUACUCCGCCGGUCCCUUCUUUACCUCCCCCCAAAAUCAUUACUACCGCCCCGACCAGUCACGAACUGGAUCAACCCGUGAAACAGAGACCCAGGCUCAGCUUUCGACCACCGUCACGGAAACAGUCCAUGGAGGAGAUGUCUCGGAAAUCAAUGGAACAACCCGCGAAGCCUCGUAGAAGGGGCCAAGGAUCAACCGACUCUCAGGUUACAGACCCAACGCUUGUCAUGUCCCAGAGCAUUACCGAAGAGCCUGGACGCUUGUCAACCAACUCACUUCGAGGCGGGACCCCGCACCCCAAUGACUCUCAGCGCUCGUCGGUCAUAGAUCCCCGGUUUUCCGAAUCCUCUCGAUCAGACCGGAGCUACGGUGACCAGACAAUCACCCGGAGUGUUUCCCCUCGUGAUGGUCAAAGUGCCACUACCGCAAAGCGAUUCCGUAUGCCACGCCUGAAACGAACCCGCAGCCCUCUCUUUCCUUUACCCCCCAAAGUCUCGCAGCCGCCAGGAGAUACACCAAAAUCCAAGACCUCAGACGGUCAUGACCAAGUUUCACCGCUACCCUCGCCAUCCCGUUCUACCGUAGGACUCGCCGCCUCGACUGCCUCGAGUGUACCGCCACUAUUUCGAAAUGAUUCGACGAAUUCCGCUCGCUCAGUUCGAUCAAAUCCCUCCUUCAAGAACAGAGGACGUUCGUCUACCAUGGGUUCGCUGGCCGAGAACCAAGACGACUUGUCUAUACCCCCGUAUUUAGCAUCUUCGGCGCGCACCUCCACUUCGACCAGUGGCCGCAAAAGUUUCGGUGAUAUGUUCAACAUCACCCAGCGAUUGCGGCAAAAUUCGUCCCCACCUUCUCCUCGUCACGGUUCGCCCACGAUAGGUGGCGCCUCCACUCCCGUCUUAAAGCAAGAGCUACCAGCAAUCCCGAGGCGGGAAGAAAACGACACACCAGCUUCAUAUCUGACUCGUUUGGAAGAAACUCUGCCCCGUGGCAUGAUUGCGGGUGCUCUCGCUCAAUCAGACGAGGAAUUCUACAAGAUUUGUCUCCGAAAAUUCAUGAGGACCUUCUCAUACUUCGGGGACCCACUCGACAUGGCAAUCCGUAAGCUUUUGAUGGAAGUCGAGCUACCGAAAGAAACACAACAGAUUGAUCGUUUCGUGCAAGCAUUUGCUGACCGUUAUCACGAAUGCAACCCAGGCAUCUUCACAGCCCCGGAUAAUGCAUACUUUAUUGCAUUCUCGCUUUUGAUUCUUCACACCGACGUCUUCAAUAAGAACAACAAACGGAAGAUGCAGAAGGCGGACUAUGUCAAGAUAAGUCGCAGUGAGGGAAUCUCGGAGGACAUUCUUGAGUGUUUCUAUGAGAACAUCCUAUACACUCCGUUCAUUCGUGUCGAAGACGCCAAUCUGCCAGACCGUCACUUGGCGAAACCACGUCGCACGUUAUUCAAAAGCACUAGCUCCGAAAAUUUGGCCCGGAUUGCACGGGAGCCUGUCGAUCCUUAUUCCCUUAUUCUGGAAGGCAAAUUGGGAUCCCUGCGCCCCAGCUUGAAGGAUGUCAUGGAUCUGGAUGAUACAUACAAUCAUUUUGGAAUCGCUGGGCCACCGGACAUGGACGCUCUUCACCAGGCCUUCACCAAGUCUGGAAUCUUGCAAAUUAUCUCUCUGCGCUCUCGCCCUGACGCAUUCAUGCCGGCUAGCUUGGAUAGACCACAGGACUCGAAUCCUGGCCUGGUAGAUAUCAAAGUUGCCAAAGUUGGCUUGCUUUGGCGGAAAGACCCGAAGAAGAAGAAGGCCAGGUCGCCCUGGCAGGAAUGGGGUGCGAUUCUCACAUUCUCUCAGCUCUACUUCUUCCGCAAUGUGAACUGGGUGCGCUCACUCAUGGCACAGCAUGAGGCAUAUGUCAAGAAUGGCCGUCGGGGGACUCUUGUUUUCAAUCCACCCCUUGCUGAAUUCAAGCCGGACAACAUCGUGUCUACCGGUGAGACAGUUGCCCUCUUAGACUCAAGUUAUAAAAAGCAUAAGCACGCCUUUAUCUUUGUUCGACACAACGCAUUGGAGGAGACAUUCCUUGCUAGCUCUGAGUCUGAGAUGAAUGACUGGCUUGCGCACCUCAACUAUGCUGCAGCCUUCAGGACCACUGGUGUGCGCACCAAGGGCAUGAUUGCCACAAAUUAUGAGGGACAACGAUACCGCAAGAGUCAGCGAUUAAGCUCAAUAUCUUCUCAAAGAUCUCACCAGUCGACGGACAUAGAGCCCCCUUCUCCAAGCAUCGAUACCGAUAUUGUUGCCGAGUUUGUUGCCGCGCGGCGACAAUUGAUGAGCCACAAGAUUCGGGAGAGAAAUGAAAAGCUCGCCGUAACACAAAAACAACUGGAUGAUCUUCUACAGAAUGCUCGACACUUGCAAGUGCUCACUCCUCUUCAUGCUCGGGCCCGCGAGAGCGUCAUCAUGGCUGCAGGCCGUCUGUCUGCCAAGAUCAAAUGGGUGAGACAGGAUAUCUGGCGCAGCAAAUGUUACCGCCAGGUUCUCCUGCGAGACCUGGGAGAAGAUGAAGAGGCAGUGGAAAGCAGGGUCGGGUCGGUUGCUGAACCGACGCCAUCCCAGUCGGACGGAGCACGUUUGGGCUCUCUUUCCGGACCUUCCGUGACAUCAGAGCCUAGCGUGGAAGGAGCCAGUAGUAUUGUGCAUACCGUCUCUAGCGCUGAUACCGUUGAGCCUAAUGUGGCCCAAGCCGAGCGGCCCUCGGAGGCUGGAUUGCUGGCUAACCCUUCGAACGACGAACUGCGUCGUCCCAGCAUCCCGGGAUCUGCGACUUCCGCUGACAUUGGUCGUAUCGGUCGUCGACGCUCCGCCGUGACCAUUCCUGAACGUGCCAAGUCUUACUCUCCCGAUCCUACGACCAUCAAACUCGAGCGUGAAGCCUCGGUCCUCAGUCGUGCCAGCCGGUGGGAUGGGGCUAGUCUGGCAUCUCGUACAUCGAAACUGACAUCGUCUGUGAGCUUCGAUGACGGCGAGGAGCGCGUUUUAAGGGAAGCUGGUCUACUGGAGCUGCCAGCGUCCCCGUCGACACACAAAGAUGAAGGCAUGGCCCCCGACGCACUCCCUGGUAAAGACACCGAGGGUGAGACAAAUGCAAAUGAUAAGAGCGAUAGACCGAGUCGUGUCCGUCGUAGCCUUCAUCGCACCCUCCGUGAUUCGCAUGCUCAUAGGAACCACUCUCGUUCGAAGAAGAAACGGGCCUCAGUGUCUAGCAUAGGGCAGGAGGAGGACGAUCAGGUCUCCGGCGAUGGAGAAGUCCUUCCUCGCAAAGCCCCCAGUUUCACCGUGCAUGGCAAGAAAGCAUCCGUCGUCACAUUCGGGUCUGAAUGGCAGAACAUGCCCCCGGAAGAGCGCCUUAAGCUCCGCAAGCCCACCCCUCAUGAAGAGCCACGGGCGUCGGAUCCUGCUAUAUUGGACAGCAACGAGUCGAUCAUGACCGACCGCAGCCCGGAACGUGCUCACUCGAUGCGCAGAACGAGCACCACUACUGGCCUAAGUGUGCGCACCAGCGACGAUCUGACGGAAUUCCAAGAUGCGCAGGAAGAGCAACUGGAAGAGGACAUCGGGUGCCCAGCUUCCCCAGUGAUCACCUCACCCCCGACGCUAGGUGCAGAUCCCCUAGACACAGAACAUACUCCUCGCCCCCCUUCAUCCACAAUAUACAGCCAUCUUGCCGCACCAAGACACGACGGCUCCCCCUCCCCCUCCUCCACAUCUAUUAACGAGCGAAUCGUUUCUACGCCGUCCAGCGAAAAACUACGCGAGCAGGCCGUAGGCGCUUGA